CUCCAUUAUCCUUUCGUCUGAAUUCCAACAACUUCCACGUGGAACUUUGUCAGAACCUAUUGGACAACUAGCUACACUGUGCCCGGAUCGCCACAGAAGCUGCCUGGCCUGUUGAGUGUUUCCUGCUUUUUGAUAUUUACCAGUAUUUGAAGGUCGGGGAGUUUGAGUGGAGCCAAAGGGUGCUUGGCAAUAACCCUCACAAGGAAGUCGGAGAGGAACCACAUUCGGACAACGGCGGCGGAGAUGUUGGCGGGACUGAGGCAACACGCAGACCGGAGGAACAGCACCUCGUAUUCCACCUUGGGUAGCUUACAACCCAACGUGACAGUUUGAUGUGCUCUGACCUGGAGCUGCAGCCGACAAUGGACCAGACUGAUUACUGUUCUGAUGGAGGACUGCAUGUUACACUGACCCUCCGACUGCUCAUGCAUGGCAAGGAAGUUGGCAGCAUCAUUGGGAAGAAAGGUGACACGAUAAAGCGAAUGCGCGAGGAGAGCAGCGCACGUAUCAACGUGUCUGAGGGCUCAUGCCCUGAACGGAUCAUCACAAUUACUGGUUCGAUGGAGGCAGUCUUCAAAGCAUUCACAAUGAUCACAGGCAAACUUGAAGAGGACCUCAGUACAUCAAGCCUGAGUGACACCACAAGGAGCAAGCCCCCUGUUACACUGCGCCUGGUAAUCCCUGCCAGUCAGUGUGGUUCGCUGAUAGGCAAAGGAGGGUCAAAAAUCAAGGAGAUUAGAGAGACUACAGGAGCUCAGGUUCAGGUAGCCGGGGACCUGCUGCCAAACUCGACCGAGCGUGCAGUCACCAUCUCUGGAACUCAGGAUGCCAUCAUCCACUGCAUCAGGCAAAUUUGUGCAGUAAUUCUGGAGUCUCCACCAAAAGGUGCCACCAUUCCUUACCGUCCCACCCUUGGACCUGGACCAGUGGUGUUCUCUGGUGGACAGGCGUACACCGUCCAAGGACAGUUUGCAGUCCCUCAUCCAGAUUUGUCGAAGCUUCACCAGUUGGCUGCUCAACACGCUUCCUACAAUGCAGUGAACCAGUCCUCCUCAUCAUACUCUGGAUUGGACAACAGUGGUCAGACUACAUCUCAGGAGCUCCUGAUUCCAAAUGACUUAAUUGGCUGCAUCAUUGGGAGACAGGGCAGUAAAAUAAAUGAAAUCCGGCAGAUGUCAGGUGCUCAAAUCAAGAUCGACAAUCAGGUUGACGGUUCGACCGAGAGACUCGUUACAAUCACAGGGGGUGCCCUGAACAUCAACUUGGCACAGUACCUCAUAAAUGCAUGUUUAGAGAUGGCUAAAACCACCUCCCAGAAUGCUUCCAUCACGACCCCAGUUGACCUCAACAUGACCUUCUCUCAGCCUGCCAACCCUGCCUCUUCCCCACUGGCAUCGAUGAGCUCCGCCCUCCCAUCCUCUAUGCUGAAUGCCCCCUAUGCCAUUCCCAUCUCCAGCCUCCUUGGCAUGAAAAAUGUUCCCUUCCUGGCAUUGUCUGCAGCCAACUCGGGGCCUUCUGGGAGCCUGUCAGCUUACACAGCCAAAAUCUCCUCAUCCAAUGGGGUUAAGAAGUCUGAGCGACAGAAGUUCUCACCGUAUUGAAAGGAUGGUGCAGCUGCUCAGACCCUGUGUAGAACUAGUGAGCAUUCACGAGUGACAAAUGACUACACUGUAGCAUGGUCAGGCUGCAGUAAACAUCUCUGGUCCAAGGUCAACAAGUUUUCGUGUGCCCCCUACCAGUCCCCACAUAUCUAAUACCUGACCCUUCAGGAACAGGCUGAAAAUUAAGCAUCAACAGACUAUGCAAAAGUUAAACAUAGAUUUGAUUUUUAAAAUAAAAUACAUCAUCUGAUUUGAAUCCUGCAGCCAGAUCCUGAAAGUUGAUUUUUUUUUAAAAAAACGUUCUCGUUGGGACUGGACCUAUUUUUCUGAUAUGUUUAGAAAGUGAAUAAGUUUUUCCAGGAGUUCAGUUGGGGCUCCAACAUCCCCAAUGCUGGAUGGAGCACAGGAGGACAGGCCUGAAGAAAAGUUGUGUUUGUACAAGCUACAGGAAUGCAGCACAUCUCAUGAUCGAGCACGAGCGCGCGCACACACAGGCACGCGCACAUGCCAUCUCAAAGUAUCACUGACAGCUUCUAGACAUUCCACUCCCUUACACAAAGCUUUUCCACGCGGGCCGUUCACCGGGCAGAGGAGAGAUAUUGGUUAUGGUGUCUAACUGGAUUGCAGGCGUGCUGAAAGCCAAGGCCCAUUCGCUGGAUGCAGGUGUAGGGUUACGCGCUGCCUGUUUCAUAUCUGUUGUAGGUGGGUGCUGCCAGGUGCACUCUUGAUGCUGGCGAGCUGUAACGUGGGGACAGCUUUCCUCUACCCUGGGAAUUUUCGGUAGGACAGUGUAGAAGAAGAUGUUCCUUAUCCUGGGGACAGGUCCUGGGCUGUCUUUGGGCUGCUCCCUGAAUUCCAUUGGCGCCCUUGACCUGGGGGUGCUCGUCCUUGCAAGAAGGUUGGACAAAGCCUGUGUCCCCGUUCCAUAAAGCUGAAGCACUGUGAUGCGAUGACUUUCACCUCACUGAGAUGGUGCUUGUUUAGUUGUGGCUGCAAGUUGCUGAAUCCUUGUUGAAGAAAGCUUUGUGUAAUGGUACAGGCAGUCUCUGUGUGUGCACACACAGGGUUCUGGGCAGGCGGCCAUGUCUAAUAUUACAGACCCCGUUCUUUGUACCCUUUUCCUGCCUCUGUCUUCAUCCCGCCUCUGUCCUCAUCUUGUGUUGUGUUCAAAUUCGCUCUCCAUUUUCCUUUGCAGUUGUUUCUUUUAUAUUUCCUGUUAUGUUUCGUUAAAUAAAAGUUUUUUAUGCAACACAAAUUCCUUUUAUAAAAUCUUAAUAAAAGUUUUUUGGCACAUUA